ACUCCAAUUAACCUACUAAUACGCACGUCUUGGAAUGUGGUUGGAAACUGGAGCACCGGGGGAAAACCCACCUGGUCCUAAGGAGAGCGUGCAAACUUCACUCAGACAGUCAAAAUCGAACUCAAGGGCGGUGCUGAUCCCAUGGCCAUGCGACCCCCUGAUCCAAAGUUUGUGCUUCGGGGAACGGGAGCUGCAGUGAAUACUUUGCAUUUCUGCUGCCGGGAUCAGGCGGACUGUGACCCGGUACUCUUCUCAGGCUCAGCUAAUGGACUGAUACACAUUUGGAACUUGAAGACACGCAGGGCAGAUACAGUUCUGGAAAGUCACGACAGUAAAUCCAUUUUAUGGGUACAGACAUUGCAACAGAGAGACGCUCUCAUCAGUCAAGGUCGUGACUCGUUUGUCUGCACUUGGGAUCUAGCAGAAGGACGCACAGCGGUAUUGGAUCGUAUUCCUUUGGACAGCUAUGGGUUCUGCCAGUGUUCGCUGCUGGAUAAUGGUGUUGGCAGCUACCUUUUAGCCUUGCCAGGCGGGGAUCUGUCAGAGGUGAAGAUUAUAGAUCUCCCCAGCAAGGCGCCAGUCUGGAUCUUAAAGCCGCCAGUCGAUGCUAAAUUGGGCAUGCCCAUGUGUCUGAAAAUUUGGCAGCCUACUUCCUCAUCUCGGCCCUUGAUAUUGAUUGGUUACGAGGAUGGAUCGGUGACCCUCUGGGACCUAUCGGAAAAGAAAAUGUUGAGUCGUCUCACCUGCCACAAAGAGCCAAUUAUGUGUCUUGACUUUGACCCGGAGAAGGUCAAGGGUAUCUCUGGCUCGUCAGAAAAUGCUCUCGGCUCCUGGGGGCUUGACACGCAACAGAACCUUAAGCUGCAGAACACGGUGGAGUUAGUAAAUGGUGGGAUUGCCCACGUCUGCCUCCGUCAAGACAAGAAGAUAGUGGCCACGGCGGGCUGGGACCAUCGUGUCCGUGUGUUCGGCUGGAGGAAGCUGAAGCCCCUGGCGGUCCUUCGCUACCACACGGCAAGCAUCCACUGCGUGGCCUUCUCCGAUCACGGUGCCCCGAGCGAGAGACUUAUGGCCGCAGGAUCGAAAGACCAGCGCGUAAGCCUGUGGUCCCUUUACAACGAAUCAUGACGGAGCCGAUAUCGUACAGGGGCACAUCGUAUUACGCUGACGUCUGUGAGCACUGUAGUUUGACGGCCUCGGGCCCAAUUUGAUCCGUGAUUCUAUUACAAUAGUAUUUCAAUUUGAAACGU